CAUAUUCACACCUGGAUGAGCACACCUGUCGGAGAACCCUCUCACAUUUGGGGUCAGGUGGUCGCCUGUAACGGUCAGCAUCUCUCCAGUACCUGGUCAAACUGUGUGGUCAGUCAAAGCUCACGCGCGGGUGUGCCACCAUUUCAUAACUGGUCAGCAGUACGUGUUAUUAGUGGUAGCGAACAGGUCUCCGUCUCUCAGAUGGAUCCCAAAAUGUCGCUGAACAGUAAGACCAGCUUCACGGUGAAAGACAUCUUGGACAUGCCCGAGGCCAAGCGCCAGAGCCCCGACACUGGGUCUUCCGUCCCCGGCACCAUGGCCUCCGCCACCUCGGUAGGGAGUGCGUCCCACGCCGGCCAGAUCUCUCAGGGUUCCUCGGCGCUACCCCCGUACUACGACGCCAGCGAAAACCCGUACAUGAGGUGGCUAGGUAGUGCGGAAGAGAUGCAGUACAAUUCUUUGACACAUAUCGCCUCGUCUCAGAACAGUCCCGGGUCGUCCACCGGCGCCGAGACCUCCAGCACCGCAGACGCCAAGAACACGGCCGACAAGGUCGACUUUGACGACGACGAAGAGGACGAAGACGACGACGGCUCGACGACGGGGAGCGCGAACGACGGCACCGGGAACAGCAGCUCUCCUGGCGGGCAGGGCGACCAGCCGAAAAAGCGGAAGAGACGAGUGCUUUUCUCCAAGGCUCAGACGUACGAGUUGGAGCGGCGGUUUCGGCAACAGCGGUACCUGUCGGCUCCCGAGAGGGAGCACCUGGCUCGUCUCAUCCGCCUCACCCCGACUCAGGUGAAAAUCUGGUUCCAGAACCACCGCUACAAGUGCAAGCGCGCGCAGAAGGAAGGACACAUGGACACCGGACUGAACCCUCUACCGUCCCCGCGACGGGUAGCGGUGCCCGUGUUGGUACGGGACGGGAAGCCUUGUCAGCCGACCGUCACGUCGUGUAACGGCUACAUGAAGCCCGUGGACAGUAUGCUGAGCGGCAUGAACAUGAACAUGCACCACUCGGCCAUGCAGACCAUGCAACACAUGCAGCAGCAAAUGCAGCCUCUGCAGACUAUGCCUUACCAAUACCCCAUCAUGCCGAACUCUUCCCUCUCCACGUCUUAUGGCACCUGGGCAUGGUGAAAUAACAAAAUACAAGACAAAAACGCUUUUCAAAACUUUUCCAGAGAAAAGUAGACUAACUUCAUGUGACGUAAUAAGAUGAGGUAGUCGGUCCAAGAGCUUGUUGCAAUAGACUUGCGUUGAACAGCAUCGACAGAGUCUUCGAAAUAUCUUAAGAUCGUGGCUCUCUCUCAACGACUUCUUCCCCACAAGUUUGUGUGUGUGCGGAAAUUCGCGCCGACUCGCUGACAUAAAAAGGUACUCUUGAAUGUUUUCUUCGUUUUCAUACCGCAACAUCUUGUAAGGACAAGGACUAUAGACUGAGGAGUGGGUCUGUUGUCGUCCACUCGUCUACCUGAGUGGUGAACUCUUGUCAUAACAGAAAACCCUUCAUAACAAUUGUUGAUGUGCCAAGUAAAGAAACGUAACAGGUGUACACAGUUCUAACGACAGAAAACAGAUUUCGUUAACUUCCUAAUAAGUAAAUUAUGUGUAUAACUUUAUUUUCUGUCCCUCAGACGUUUGUUUAUCAUUGUAAAGAAUAUUUCGUGUUGUAAAUUAUGUACAUGGAUUUUUUGCGGUUGAUUCUUUGUUUUUCGGGCGAGCCCAGAUUGUAAUCCGUAAAGCUGGACUUAGCACACAAAGAGAUAGGGCUCCGAAUAAUCUAUACUAUUUUAUUCUUACCUCUAAUUCUAAACAGUUACCUAGUCUGACUGCUUUAUCGUCUCGUUGGAAUAAAGAAAGAAAUCUUGCUGACUUAAAAAA